CCGCCAGGGGGCUCAAAACGACUCUGAUCUGCAAUGGACACAAGAUAAAUAUCCGCCGCAAUUGCCGCAUUGCUCACCACGACACCACGCAAGUCCUCACAAUCUUCACCACCUCCUCCCACACAACUUCACCGACCCACGACCAUGCGCCUCGCACCCACCCUCGCCCUCACGGCGGCGACAACCGCCACGGCGCUGCCCAACCUCGCGCCCCGCGCCACCCCGACGGCACCCGCAACAAAACCCACCCUCUCACACUCCAACGGCUUCUACCUGACCGCGCGCCUCUCCGACCCGGCGCACGACCUGAACCCGUCCAUCGACGGGUGGACGCUGGGCACGGCGCACACGGGCGCGGGCCUCAACGCCGCGGUGCUGUACGCGGCGAGCAGCGGCGCCGGCCGCCUCUUCUAUGAAAACGGCACUCAGGCCCAGGCGGUCGCGGGCCAGACGACGCUGGUCACGGACGGCGGCACGCCGCUGGCGCCGUCCAGCCUGAUCGUGCAGCCGGCCGGGCAGCCGCCGCGGAUCAUCGACAUCGACUACAACCAGGGCACGCCCGCCGCCGUCGAGGCGGCCGGCAACGGCCUCGGCCCGCAGCUGGUCAACGGCCUCGGCCAGGGCACGUUUCUCGCCUGCAACGCGACGGUGCCGUACUAUGGGUACAAGUUUGUGACGCUGCAGUAUUUGUAUGGCGAGCCGGGGGAUAAGGGACAGGGUGCCGUGCCGGCGGACUGCGUGCCCAUCUCGCUGGUGCCGCAGUGCACGACGCUCAAUGACUUGCCGCCGGGGAGCUACUCGAGCCAUGAGUUUGCGGUGGAGGUGGCGUGCUAUGCGUGAGGCGGGAUAUGGGCGGGUGAUGCCGGUUAGUCGAGUGGAAAGAGGAGAGAGAUGGGAGGAGUGUGUAUCCGUAUCGGUCUGUUCACCCUUGCCAAUAGAGGAAUCUUCAGGGCGGCAUUAAUAUAAUUAUAAUAGUGUACACACCUAGGCUCGUAAGGAUGUUCCUGAGCCUUUGAUGUUGAUUUCCCUCUCUGACGCGCUAGGCAGUCAUCGUCUUGGGGCGCUCCAAGUUCGCCACCAAGCUCGAGACUUUUCUCCUUGACUAUUCUGCAAUCAUAUAGACCUCGUUGCACGGCUCCUCAUAGAGUGUGUAGUUAUGCAGUGAAACCAAGUGUUGGCCACAGAUUUCAAUAGUGAGUGCUACAAAUUGCUGAUGCCAUGCCACGCGAAC